AUGGUAUCAAUUGUUCCCUCAGCUGAGAGUGCAAUUGUCCUCGGUCAUGUCACAUUCCCACAUCUGGUUGUCAGUAUGAAUGAAGGUUGGGAAUGCUCAAUUUCUCUUGGUGAGGAUCAAAAGCCACCUGCGCAUACUCUCCAGCUUCCACAAUCUCGACGAUUUCAAUUAUUUCAGCCGCAGCCUGACUACGUGUUGGGUUUCCCGCGACAAGCCUUCACUGAACAUCAACUCAGAUGCCUUGCACCAUUUGUCGGUGAAAUCGGUGAUACUUCUUUCUUUAUGAGUGUGGCACUUGAAAUAGCAGAUCGACAGAAUGCACACAGCAUGACUCUCUCAGUGAGGGGUGUUGUCAAGCUCUUCAGACUUGUGAAGCGUAAGAUGGAGCUGCAUCAACAAAUCCUGGUCUUUUCAGUUUCACAUGAUUGCUGCUCUGUGAGAAUCUUUUACGGCCAUUACCCUGCGAUCGAGGGAGAGAAGACUACCUUCUACCGCCAUCCCAUUCACAAGUUCGACUUCACGUCACUUGAUGGCAGAGAGAAAUGGACGUCUUACAAGUUCCUAAUGGGUGUGUACAAUGACUGGGCGCCUUCCCAUUUUCAGAAAUUAGGUUCCGUUAUUGAUGAGCUACCACUGCUAGAUUUUGACGUGUUGCGGUAA